AGAUAAUGACGCACGCAUCCUGGCGUCUGCUCAUUUUUCUUCCCAAGCUGGAGCAUCUAUGUCGUUUGUCCUUGAUGGCUGCCAUCUCCAAGCAUGCUAUCGGUAGCAUACCUCUACAAGAUAGCUGGCUGCCAAUUCAUUGCUGUUGAAAGAAGCCUUUGUUGACCAUGACAAUGGCUCAACAGCAUUCUAUCUCCUCGUCUCUUUUUCUGUUGGUGGUUUGCCUGCUGCUUGAAGGAUCGGCAUUCACUCCUUCGCAUUUUUCAUCAACGAAAUCUCUUCCGCUUUCUCAUACCACAUGUACUACACAAAGAUCCAGAUGCCCGCCUCCGAUUAUACUGCAACAAUCCUCUUCUUCUGACGCCAUUGACGAAAAACGUCCCGAAAGUCCCAUUCUCGAUGACAUUCCAGGGCCCUUGCAGCCGUUGUUUGCAGCCACUGCCGCUGCCACUUCUCAACGCAAUGCUGUGACGACCAGCAUGAGCCACGAUCCAUUUCGCUUUGAAUGGGGGACAUGGUGCAAUCAAGAGUUGCUGGUCGACCUCAUGGAUCGGGUCAAUGAAAUACGGUGUCAGCCAGGUGUCUUUGAUACCCUGCUGGAACGAUACGAGCCUCGCAUUCCCGCCAUAGAUGCCAUGAUGAGCGACGAGGAAGACGACGACGAAUCGACAACAACCAGUAUCAACAAGGCUCGUAGAAUACAAGUGGCAGGAGGACAAGAUUGGGACGUCAUUCUUCAUGUCUUGCCACAAGCUAGUUACUGGAGAGGGAGAUGGCCCACGGGUUCUUGGUCCGUGAUCAAACCCCUGAUUGGUGUCACUGAAGUGGCCAUGCUGCGAGAAUCCAAUCUGAAUCGAAAAGCCACGACAAAGGAUCUUCGAGGCGGCUCCGAUGGACGACUCGGAGGUGGAGGAAGUUCCACCGGUGGAGAAGACUGCGUAAAGUACGUUGGAGGACCCAUUCGACAGUAUUAUGCAAAGUCUGGCAAGACGGUCUUGUUGGAAGCCGUUGUCAGGCCACCCAUUAGUGUCGAUGAGGCAUUGGAGGAAGCGGAUGUGUUGAAGGAAGAUAUGGAUGAUAUCUUUGUAGUAGUUCCAAUGCUAAAGGAGGAGGAAGAGACAGAGGAAACGGCUGAAACCCAAGAGUUGGAGAAGAUUGUGGUGGAUGUGGACUCUACUUCGACAAAAACGGCUGCCCAGGAGACAGCAUCAACAGUAGAGGCAAAACCAACAACAACAGCCACUGACAGCCCAGACUCUUCCGCGAAGAAAGAAGAAGAUACUCUCCCCGAAUUGCCUACUGAGUCGACAAUCACCAACGAAGCUACCGUGGCCUCAAACCAGUCAUCGGAAGAGGCUGAAGAAAAAGCGGGCAAUGACAUUCAAUCAGCACUAGGAAUGACGUUUGAUCAGGUGGGAGGAUUGGAUGCACAACUUGAUGCCAUUGCUCGUCGUGUGUUGGCCUCUCGGGCCAAUCCCGCUGCGGCUCGUCGACUGGGGGUGAGUCAUGUCCGCGGGAUUCUGCUCUCGGGGCCUCCAGGCUGUGGAAAGACCUUGCUAGCCAGAGAGUUGGCACGUCUCUUGGAUGCCCGAGAACCUCAGAUCGUGAAUGGUCCCGAAAUUCUCGACAAAUUUAUAGGCGAGGCUGAAAAGAAAGUACGGGCAUUGUUCAUACCUGCUCAGCGAGAAUAUGCCGAGGUGGGAGAUGACUCCGCACUGCAUAUUAUUGUGCUGGAUGAAAUGGAUGCCAUUGCAAAGAAGCGAGGGACUGUGUCGUCAGAUACAACAGGCGUCAGGGAUUCGGUUGUAAAUCAGCUAUUGAGUUGUAUGGACGGUAUCAAAGAAGCCAACAACGUCCUUGUUGUGGGUUUGACUAACAGGCCAGAGCUGAUUGAUCCAGCCAUGUUGAGACCUGGGCGCCUGGAAGUGCAAUUGCGGGUCGAGUUGCCCGAUGCUGCCGGUCGGAGAGACAUUCUGCGAAUCCACACACGACAGAUGAAUGAAGCGGGAGCCUUGAGUGCUGAGGCUAUUGCGCUUACAGAAGAUAUGAGUGACGAUGGAACACCAGCUCGAACCGAACACUACAGUGGAGCCGAACUUGCUGGACUGGUUCGAAGCGCGGCUAGCUUCGCUCUUGCUCGGACCGUGCAAGAGGUGAACAAUGACGGCAUCAUCACUGUUGCUGACCUAGAAAGAAGUCUCAAAGAGGUGCUGCCGGCGCUUGGUAAGCAAGAUGAAGUGCUGAGACAAAGGUUCCCACUCGGAGUUUCCCCAUGUUCAUCAUCUAUGGAACGAAUAAUGCGAGACCUCGAACGUUUUACAACGCCACGAGCCGUUCCAAGAGAGUCGCCUCGAUUGGAAUCCGUGCUUCUUGUUGGUGCAGGGAAUAGCGGAGGCGCUGGUGCGACUGCUCUGGCUGCUUGGGCUGCAGCUGAAGCUUCUUCGAGUGGUACUGACUAUGUUCGUUUCAUCACCGCUCUAGACUUGAUUGUCGAAGGAGGAGGCGGCGAUGAAGCAAGGGCGGCGGCCCUUGUGGAGCGGUUCGCAGAAGCCAGAGAAAUGUCAAAUUCGAUGCUGGUUUUGGAUGACGUUGAUCAACUCUGUGCGGGAUCAGGCACAGCUGGUUACAGCAACGUGAUGCUGGCAACCUUGAGAGCGCUGCUUCGCACUCCCCCAGACAGUUUUUCGACAGCCAAAGCUGGAGGCGAAUCUGAAUCCAAGCGAGGGCAAAAAGGAGGCAAGACACUCCGGAUCAUUGCCGCAACAUCGCGAUCUGACGCAGCAUGUCGUGUCCUCAAUGAGAUCUUCGACGAAACGUUGGUGGUGCCUCUUCUCUCGGAAGCAGAAAGCCUACGAAAGUUGUUUGCGGAUAGCUUGGACGUUGCUGUCGCGAACGCAGAUUCCAUGGCCGAUUUGAUCAUUGAUCGGCUAGGGAAUGUGGGCUGCAAGACUGCUUUACGUCUGGCAGAACGUGCGGUCGGUACAGCCGGGGUUCGCGCUAACGAAGACGACAACAUGGAAGAAGCGCAGCUCAAUGCUUUGACAGGUAUUCUCGAUGAUCUUGCAGGAGAUGACGUCACAGCAGAGAAGCUUUGCGAAGUCCUUUGAGCAAGAAACUAGAUGGAUG